UGAUAUGAGAUUCUUUUUCCUUUAAUAGGAAUAAAGAGGAAAGAAGCUGUUUUCAAAAAUUAUUAUUGAUACUCUCUUAUAGUUUGAACUACAUUUUCAUCAUAUUUGUGAAUGCUGAAGUAGUGUUUUGGGUCUAUUAUUUUGAAUUCAAAGUUUAUAAUGAACCAGGAAGUAUAGUUUAUCAAUAUGGAAUUAUCAGUCAAGAUUACGGAUAUUAUAAUUUGAGCAUCUCUGUGAUACUCCAUUUGUUUUCAAUGCUAUUUAUCUUUAGUUGAAUAAUGGUUGCAAGGGACCCAGGCUAUUUUACAAAUAGUCAGUUUCAUUCUCCUCUCUUGAUAAUGCCGGAUUUUACUGAGAAUUCUGAGACUUUGAGAGGACUCAAAUAAAGAUAUGUAUAAAUAAACUGACAAACAGCAAGUUUUGACAUUUCUGAAACUGAAUAAAGCCUCCAAGAAGCCAUCACUGAGGUCAUUGACAAAGAUGAGUUUUAAAAAUGGAUCAUCAUUGAGGCUGGAUAUCAAACUGUGUGGGAUAUAGAAAUCAAAAAUCUUUCUUACUCUAUGUAUUUUAUUAUAUUGCUUGAAUUAUCCUGUUUUUAGCAAUAUCUAUUCAGAUGCUUUUGAAAUUUAUUUAUGUUUGGUUGAUAAUUUUACAUAUCUUGAUAUUACCAAUAUUACUGAUGGUGUUAAGAGUCCUUAUCAAUCAACUAUGCCUAUUUCCAUUCAACCUAACUACAAUUGAGUCACUAUCAACUCAAAAAUCCCCUUUCAGCUUUGGUUGAUGAUCCAACCUCAAAGAAAUUUUUGGAACAAAAUGGUACCUAUGGCCAAUCCCUACAUACAUCAACGACCCAAAAAAAGGCUUCCACUUCAAAAUAAACCCUAAAAACCUCCCUUAACCCCUUUCC